UUUGAAUAAGAAUGGCGUUCAGUUUGGCGCAUCAGGUCGGGACUCUCCGGGGAACGCCGAUGGUGAUGGUGGAGACGGGGUCGGCGGUGAGGGCGGAUCCCCACUCCGCGCCGGUGUCAGUCUGGAAGCCCCAGGCGGUGGACCGACGCUUCCGGAUCCAGAUCGGGGCUGGGCAGGCGGAGAUCGAGACAGCGCCGGCAGCUUGUCCGGGAGGAUCGACCGCGUUGCUCGGUCUGUCGGCGGCGCGCGACUCGCCGGUGGUGCCGGAGGUAGCGCAGCUGCCGGAGGCGGAGGUGAGGGAGCACCUUGGCGGGGGAGGGGCGGUGAAGGGGGUUCCCGUGUUCGUCAUGAUGCCGUUGGAUACAGUGAGGCCUGGCGGGGGGCUGAACCGUAGGAAGGCGAUGAACGCGAGCCUGAUGGCGCUGAAGAACACCGGUGUGGAGGGGGUGAUGGUCGACGUGUGGUGGGGGAUGGUGGAGAAGGAGAGGCCGGGAGAGUACGAUUGGCGCGGCUACGACGAGUUCAUGGAAAUGGCCUCCCGGAUCGGGCUCAAGGUCCAGGCCGUCAUGUCCUUCCAUCAAUGCGGCGGCAACGUCGGCGACAGCGUGACAAUACCACUGCCAAACUGGGUUCUGGAGGAAAUGGAGAAGGACCCGGACCUGGCCUACACCGACCAAUGGGGCCGCCGCAACCCCGAGUACCUCUCCCUCGGCUGCGACGCCCUCCCCGUCCUCAAGGGCCGCUCCCCCGUCCAGUGCUACGCCGACUUCAUGCGCGCCUUCCGCCACCGCUUCUCCCACCUCAUCGGCUCCACCAUCAUCGAGAUUCAAGUGGGCAUGGGUCCCGCCGGCGAGCUGAGGUACCCGUCGUACCCCGAAUCCGACGGCACCUGGAAAUUCCCCGGCAUCGGAGCAUUUCAAUGCUACGAUAAGUACAUGUUGAACAACCUGAAGACCGCUGCGGAGGCGGCAGGGAAGACGGAGUGGGGCCAUGGCGGGCCUUCCGACGCAGGCGGCUACAACAACUGGCCGGAAGACACCGCCUUCUUCCGCCACGACGGCGGUUGGAACGGGGCUUACGGGGAGUUCUUUCUGUCCUGGUACUCUCAGAUGCUCCUCGAUCACGGCGAGCGCAUCGUCUCCUCCGCCACCUCUGUAUUCGACUCUGCCGGCGUCAAGAUCUCCGUCAAGGUGGCCGGCAUCCACUGGCACUACGCCACCCGGUCGCACGCCCCCGAGCUCACCGCCGGCUACUACAACACCCGCUACCGCGACGGAUACCUCCCCAUCGCCCGCAUGCUGGGCCGGCACGGCGCCGUGUUCAACUUCACCUGCGUGGAGAUGCGCGACGGCGAGCAGCCCGGCGAGGCGGCGUGUCAGCCGGAGGAGCUCGUCAGGCAGGUGGCGGCGGCAGCGCGGGAGGCCGGCGUGGAGCUGGCUGGCGAGAACGCGCUGCCGAGGUACGACGAGACGGCGCAUGAGCAGAUAGUGAAGGCCGCGGCCGGGGAUUCGGAGAAGAUGGCGGCCUUCACGUACCUCCGGAUGGGGCCCGACCUGUUCCAUCCGGACAACUGGAGGAGGUUCGUGGCGUUCGUCAAGACCAUGGCGGAGGACAGGGGAGGCUCGGUGGACCGCUGCCGCGAGAUGGUGGAGAGGGAGGCGGAGCUCUCGGUCCACGCCACCGUGCCGCUCGGCGAGGAGGCUGCCGCAGCCCUCACGUGCGCUUAGAUAUUCAAAACAAUUCGACCC